GGCCAGUGGCGGCGGUGGGGCUGAGAGGAAGGAGGAAUUUGAGAGGAGAAAGACCAUGCCCCCUGCCCAGCCAGCGCCAAGCCCAGAGACACGCACGCACCCACGCACGCGGUGCUGACAGGUCGUGCAGCUGGGAGACCAGGUGCGAGUACACAGAAGGCCUGCAGCCAGAGGGCCCCACUAGCCAGAGCGCUGCCUGCCUCACGCCCUACCGUGGCUGGCCAAUGAGAACACGGCAGGCUCUAUAAAGGCGAGCCCGUUCCGGGGGCUCCCACGCAGGUGGAGGAAGCACCAGCAGCUGUGUUGGGCCGAUGGCCCGCACGAAGCAGACGGCUCGCAAGUCGACGGGCGGCAAGGCUCCGCGUAAGCAGCUGGCCAGGAUGGGCUACAAGACUGCACCCGCUACGGGUGACGUGAAGAGGCCGCACCGUUACCGGCCUGGCACUGUGGCGCUGCGCGAAAUCCGUCGCUAUCAGAAGUCUGCCGAGCUGCUGAUCCGCAAGUUGCCGUUCCAGCGCCUGGUGCGUGAGAUUGCUCAGGACUUCAAGACACACCUGCGCUUCCAGAGUUCGGCAGUGGAGGCGAUGCAGGAGGCCUGCGAAUCCUACCUAGUGGGGCUCUUCGAGGACACCAACCUGUGUGCCAUCCACGCCAAGCGUGUCACUAUCAUGCCCAAGGACAUCCAGCUCGCGCGCCGAAUCCGCGGGGAGCGGGCCUGAGCCCCAAGCGCGCCCACGCCAUACUGCUGUCACCCCAAAGGCUCUUUUCAGAGCCACUCACUGAGUCAGAAAAGUGGCUGUAGCUUGUGGCUCCCAGGCCUCAAAAGUGGCUCCUGCCUUU